AUGUCCUUCCGCGAGUACCUCCCCGACCUCAACACCCCGCGCUUCCAGGUGAUGCGCACGCAAGAUGCGCACGAGUACGCCGAGGCCUUUAAGACGGGCAAGAUCCCGCCCUGGUUGCAUGCGCUGUAUAUGCACUGGAGAGAGUUGUUGCAGGAGCCGUUCAAGGGAGUUACGUUUGAUGGCAACGUCCACCAAAACCUCUUCGACCUCCAAGACGAACAAAUCCCCAUCGCGCGCAUCACCGAAACAGCCACACACCUCCUCUCCCUCCUAACCCCCACCCAGCAAGAGACGUUAUGCUACCACAUCGACUCCCCCGAAUGGCGCACCUGGUCGAACCCCGAAUUCCUCCUCUCCGACAAAGGUCUGCGCCUCGACGAGGUCUCCCCCACAAUCCGCACAGCCAUCCUCGCCAUCCUCGAGGCAACGCUCUCCCCUGAGGGCUACGAAAAGGCGAUCAGCGCAAUGCGGAUUAACCACUACCUCGGCGAACUCGUCGAGUCUCCGCGGGUGAUGAACGAGUUCUCGUACAAUUUUGUCCUCUUUGGACGACCGUCCACGAUGAGGCCGUGGGGGUGGAGUUUCUACGGACAUCAUCUUUGUCUGAAUAUUUUUCUGUACAAGGGCCAGAUUGUCGCGAGUCCGUGGUUUACGGGAGCGGAGCCGAAUGAGAUUGAUGCGGGCCCCUGGAAAGGGACGAGGAUUCUGCAUGUAGAGGAGAGGUUGGGACUGCAGCUUAUGCAGUCCCUCUCUCCCGAAUUGCAGGCAAAAGCCCAGGUAUACAAAGAAAUGCACGACGCCGCCAUGCCACCAGGCCGCUGGAACCGCGACGACCAGCGGCAUCUCUGCGGCGCAUACCGCGACAACCGCAUCGUCCCCAACGAAGGAAUCCGCGCCGCCCAGCUCUCCCCCUCGCAAAAAGACACCCUCUACGCCAUCCUCUCGCAAUACCUCCUGUACCUCCCCACCCGCGCCCGCGAACUCAAACUCGCGCAUAUCAAACAAUUCGAAGACGAGACAUACUUCUCGUGGAUCGGCGGGUAUGGCAACGACGACCCGUUCUACUUCCGUAUUCAAAACCCCGUUGUUCUGGUCGAGUUUGAUCACCAUUCGGGGGUUUUCUUGAAUAAUGAGGAGCCGAGGAAGUUUCAUGUUCAUACGCUGCUCAGAACGCCGAAUGCGGGGGAUUAUGGCGUGGCGCUGCGCGGGAGGAUUCCGCCUGUGGAGGGGGUCGAGGGGACGGAGAUUGUGUGGUAG